GAAAAAGCCCCACAAGAAGCUCCCGCAUCUGCUGAAGCCGCUCCAGGAUCGGCACCCGCCCCUGAAGCUGCAAAAGAACAAGCUGCACCUGCCCCACAAGCUGAAUCUGCUCCAACCACUACCGAAGGUGAUACCGCUCCAGUAAUCGACGCUGCGCUACAGCAAACAGCUCCGGCAGCGGCCAGUUAG